AUGGAGGCCGCAGCGGUAGGAGUGACCCGGGCGGCCUCGCGGCGGCGGGAACGACAGCGGCAGGGGCUGGGGACCCCGGAAGAGCAGGAGCGGCGGCCGAAGCGGCAGUGGCCGGGGAGGAGAAUCAAAGAAGAUGAAGAAGAAGCAGUCUUUCGAGAAGUGGUCAGUUUUACUCCGGAUCCUUUGCCAGUUAGAUAUUAUGACAAGGACACUACCAAACCUGUCAGCUUUUACCUUUCUUCACUGGAGGAGCUCUUGGCCUGGGUGCCCCACGUGGAGGAUGGCUUUAACGUGGCUCUGGAGCCCUUGGCGCGGCGCCAGCCCCCCCUGAGCAGCCUGAGGCCCCGGACCUUGCUGUGCCACGACAUGAUGGGCGGGUAUCUGGAUGACAAGUUUAUUCAGGGUUCAGUGGUGCAGAACCCCUAUUCCUUCUACCACUGGCAGUACAUUGACAUCUUCGUGUACUUCAGCCAUCACACCGUCACCAUCCCUCCCGUAGGCUGGACCAACAUCGCCCACAGGCACGGGGUCUGCGUGCUGGGGACUUUCAUCACGGAGUGGAAUGAAGGGGGUAAGCUCUGCGAAGCUUUCCUGGCUGGGGACGAGCACUCGUACCAGGCAGUGGCUGACCGGCUGGUCCAGAUCGCUCAGUUUUUUCAUUUCGACGGCUGGCUGAUCAACAUCGAGAACUCGCUGAGUCCGACUGCCGUGGGCAACACACCUCGCUUCCUUCAGUACCUGACUGCGCAGCUUCAUCAGCAGGUCCCAGGGGGCCUGGUGCUCUGGUAUGACAGUGUGGUACAGAGUGGGCAGCUCAAAUGGCAAGAUGAACUCAAUGAGCAGAACAGGGUCUUCUUUGACUCCUGUGAUGGCUUCUUCACCAACUACAACUGGCGGGAGGAGCACCUGGAGCGGAUGCUGGGCCAGGCUGGGGAGCGCCUGGCUGAUGUGUAUGUGGGCGUGGACGUAUUUGCUCGGGGGAACGUGGUCGGAGGCCGAUUUGACACUGACAAGUCGCUGGAGCUAAUCCGAAAGCAUGGGUUCUCUGCGGCUCUGUUUGCCCCUGGCUGGGUGUACGAGUGUUUGGAGAAGACAGAUUUCCUCCAGAACCAGGACAAGUUCUGGCGGCUGCUGGAGCGCCAUCUGCCCACACAUAGCAUCUGCGCCUUGCCCUUUGUCACGACCUUCUGCCUGGGCAUGGGAACACGACGAGUCUACUAUGGCCAGGAGGAGGCGGUGGGGCCCUGGUACCACCCAAGUGCCCAGGAGAUCCAGCCCUUGUUUGGUGAACACAGGCUGGGAGGGCAUGGACAGGGCUGGGUGAAGACGCACUGCUGUCUGGCGGACGCCUGGCACGGGGGCAGCUCCCUGCUUCUCCGGGGGGCGAUCCCGCCUGAGGUUGGAAAUGUGGCCGUGAGGUUAUUUUCCCUGCAGGUCCCGGUGCCACCCAAACUUUUCCUGUCUCUGGUAUAUAAGCUUGAGGGGCCUACGGAUGUCAGGGUUGCUUUGGAGCUGACCACAGAGGAUGCUGGCAGCUGUCACAUCGGUGGCAUCUCAGUGUUGAAUGCAGAAACAAGCUCAAGACACAGCCCUCGACCCCUCCGGCUGCCCCCCACCAAGCUGGCCAGAUGGGCAGGCCGCUGUGGUCAGCCGCUGAGCGGGGGCUGGGUCCAGCGCUGCUAUGAGGUGAGCCUGCGCGGGUGCCUUCUGCAGGACCUCUUCAUUAGCUUCUCACGGCCGCCGGGCACCCGGGAGGAGGAGAGCUUCGUCUGUCGCCUAGGAGAGAUCCAGGUGGUGGAUGCCGUUAGCCUGCUGACUCCACUGCCCCAGGUGCAGGCCAUCACCGUUUCUCGUGUCCGCUGGCAGCAGGCUGCCUCUGAGACAGAGGGCUCCCCUGCCCGACUCCAGCUCAGCUGUACCCUGCACUGGUCCUACCUCCUUUCCCAAGUCCGCUGCUUCCGAGUCCACUGCCAGGGAAUGGCAAGAGGUGACUUUCCCGGCAGGGAGCCGUCAAGGCCAGAGAAGCCCAUGUUCCUGGGCCUGGCUUUUGCCAACCAGUACCGGAUAGUGGACCUGCUGGUGGAUGCCACUGCGGAUGGCCAGGAUGGUCGUGUGGAGUUCCUGGUGGAGCCUGUCCCCAAGGAGGGGCUUCUGGUACCUCAGGCUGAGUGGGGCAGGGUGGCCCUGCUCUACUCAGCCCCUGCGUGAGCGGACAUUAAAGCACAGCUGUCUCCUGCCUUUGGGCUGAGGUCCUUCCUGGCUGGCUACCUGGGGCCUGUGCUGGGGCCACCAAGUACGGGCAGUGGCUGCAAGUCCCAGGCCCUGAGGGCUGGGGUAGAAGACCUUGCUCCUCAGGACGCUGGGUCCC